AUGGACACAGCACAGAAGGCUGUGGAUUCCGUUGCCGAAGGCAUAAAAAAGGUGUCCGUCGGGGAGAAAAAACAAAAGGUGAAGGUGAAAAAGGACAAGGCGGCAGAUAGCGGGGCUGAUACUGGGCCCUUGGAACUCAACCCACCACCCCAAUUCCUGGCGGACCGUCUUCAACUGUUCGAUAAGCUAAAGGCUGGUUACGACGCCGAGAUCGCCCGCAAACCUCGGGACCCAAUUCAUAUUACCCUGGCAGAUGGAAGCGUCAAGCCUGGCACAGCGUGGGAGACGACACCCGCCGAGAUAGCGAAGGGGAUUUCGAACAGUCUUCUUAAACGCACGGUAGUUGCAAAGCUGAAUGGCGAUCCGGAGCAGCUGUGGGAUCUUGAACGGCCGCUGGAGGCAAGCUGCAAGCUUGAGCUGCUCACAUUUGAUGAUGAGUUGGGGAAGAAGGUCUUUUGGCACUCCAGCGCACACAUAUUGGGCGAGGCUUCGGAGCGGCGGUUUGGUUGCAGUCUCUGCAUUGGUCCUCCUAUCGAAAAUGGGUUCUACUACGAGAUGGGGCUGCCCGAGGGAGGUGCCGUGCAACAAACUGAUUGGAAGCCGUUAGAGACCCUCGUGAGCCAGAUUGUAAAGGAAAAGCAGCCUUUCGAGCGUCUCGUUCUUAGCAAGGACAAUCUGCUGGAGAUGUUCAAGUACAACAAAUACAAGCAGCAUAUCAUAAAGGAUAAAAUCAAGGACGGCGAAUAUACGACGGUCUAUCGCAAUGGGCCUCUCAUCGAUUUAUGCCGUGGGCCCCAUGUGCCGAACACCGGUAGGAUCGAGACUUUCGCUAUCAUGAAGAAUUCUGCGUCAUAUUUCCUUGGUAACAAAGACAAUGACUCUCUCCAGAGAAUCUACGGAGUGUCCUUCCCUGAUAAGAAGCAGAUGGCUGAGCACAAGAAGUUCUUGGAAGAGGCAGCGAAACGCGACCAUCGAAAGAUUGGCAGAGAUCAAGAGCUCUUUUUCUUCCAUGAACUCUCCCCUGGGUCAGCUAUGUGGUUGCCCCAUGGAACUCGUAUUUACAACACGAUCAUGUCGUUCCUGCGCGAACAAUACUGGAAGCGUGGCUACAAUGAAGUCAUCACACCCAACAUGUACAACUCCGAGCUCUGGAAGGUAUCAGGCCACUGGGAUUUCUACAAAGACGAUAUGUUUACCUUCGGGGCUGAGAAGGACACGUUCGCAUUGAAGCCGAUGAAUUGCCCGGGGCACUGCCUGAUGUUUGCUCACCGUGAGCGAAGUCAUCGAGAGCUACCAUGGAAACUUGCAGAUUUCGGAGUGCUUCAUCGCAACGAAGCCUCGGGAGCCUUGUCAGGGUUGACGCGAGUGCGCAGAUUCCAACAAGAUGAUGCUCACAUUUUCUGCAGAGAGGACCAGAUCAAGGAAGAAAUUAUGGAUGUGUUCGAUUUCCUGUCUACCGUUUAUGGGCUCCUGGGAUUUACUUUCAAGCUGAAGCUUUCAACACGGCCAGACAAGUACAUGGGCAAACGGGAAACAUGGGACAUGGCCGAAGACAAGCUUCGAGAGGCAUUGGACGAAUUUUGUGACGGUCGCACUCCUUGGGAGCUGAAUGAGGGUGAUGGAGCAUUUUAUGGACCUAAGAUUGAUAUCACCAUAUCCGACUGCUUAAGGCGAGAGUGGCAGUGCGCUACAAUCCAACUUGACUUCCAACUCCCGCAAAACUUCGGCCUCGAGUACAUGACUUCAGAGAUGGUGACGAAGCCGAAGGAGGACGAAGAUGCCGUCGCGGUUGCGAAGGCCAAGGCGGAGGUGGCUAAGGCGAAGGUCGAAACUACUGUUACCCCUGAAGCAGAAGCCCCGAAGGAGAGAGUCAUCAAGCCUCUUACUCCGGGGUGUGCUCGACCAGUCGUGAUCCAUCGAGCCGUGGCAGGAAGUAUCGAACGAUUCACGGCAAUUUUGACAGAGCAUUUCGCUGGAAAAUGGCCAUUUUGGCUGAGCCCUCGACAGAUUCUGGUGAUUCCUGUCGGAGUAGGGUUCUAUGAGUAUUCCAAGGAAGUACAAGCAAUUUUCAAGGCUCAGCAAAUGUAUGUGGAUGUGGACCUAAGCGGAAACACCCUGCAGAAGAAGAUCCGUACGGGACAACUCGCUCAGUACAAUUUUAUAUUUGUGGUUGGCGACCAGGAAAUGAAGGGUAGGGAAGUCAAUGUCCGGAACCGUGAUGACACCUCAAGUCAGGACCGAGGAAAGCCAGUUCCAUUGAAGGAGGCCAUUGAGAAGCUCACGGCGCUGCGUGAUGAGCGGAGAUCGGAUAACCCAUUCCCAGGCGAGACAAAGGCAGAAACCGCAGCGAAGGCUGGGUAA